GCUCGAAGCUGGCCCGGCCGCACACAGUGGAGCUCAUUGGCUGUCACCACGCUCUGUGGAUUUGCAUAAUGAGAGGGGCCAUCAGCUUGACCGCAGGUUUCCUGAAGCCAGGCCGAUCGCAGCCUUGUUGUUGAAGGUGCGCAGUCUCGCAUGGAGGCGAGCUGUGUUGUGUUUUUACGUUAAGAUGAUCACCCUGGUGUUCAGCAGCGUCCUAGCAGGACUGCUGGCUCUCCUUCUCUACCAGAGGAUGGCUUACCCCUUCUUCUGGGUGGAUUUGAUGUAUUACUUGAAACUUCGGAGCUACGGAAAGACGUUGCGGGCUCGAAUGCAGCAAGGGAUCGUCACGUACCUCGACUGUUUCCUCCACCAGGCGAAGAAGAACCCGAACAAGCCCUUCAUCGUCUUCGAGAAACAGACCCUGACGUACCGGGACGUGGACAGGAGGAGUAACCGGUUUGCGAACGCGUUCAGGACGGAGGGCUCUCUGAAACAAGGAGACAUUGUUGCGCUGUUGAUGUUCAACGAGCCGGACUUUAUUUGCGCGUGGUUGGGGCUGUGCAAAGUGGGCUGCUCGGUCGCCUUCCUCAACGUCAACAUUAAGGCCAAGUCUCUGCUUCACUGCUUCCGGAGCUGCGGAGCCAGGACGCUUGUCGUCGGCGCAGAUUUGGUGCGUUUGGUGGAGGAGGUGAUGCCUGAUCUGAAGAAGGACAACAUGGCCGUGUGGGUGGUGGAUCACACCUCACCUUCUGAAGAUUUUAGCACUUUACUCGAUAAGGUGGAACGCAUGUCUGGAGAAAACUUAAGUGCCCUUCCGAAAGUUGACAUCAUGUCGAACUUUCUCUUCAUUUUUACUUCAGGCACCACAGGUCUCUCCAAGGCGGCCCGUGUAGGUCACAUGAAAGCCAUUGUGAGCAUGGCCUUCCUUCAUAUGUGCGGAGCCACAUCCGAUGACGUCAUCUACAUCACUCUUCCUCUUUACCACAUGUCUGCUUCCCUAUUGGGGAUCGGAGGAUGCAUACACCUCGGUGCAACGUGUGUGUUGAAAAAGAAGUUUUCCGCCAGUCAGUUUUGGAAGGACUGUGUGAAACACAAUGUGACGGUGGUGCAGUACAUAGGAGAGCUCUGUCGGUACCUGUUCAACCAUCCGGCGGUUCCAGAGGAGAAGACUCACUGUGUUCGGCUGGCGGCAGGAAGUGGUCUCAGGUCAGAUGUUUGGAGGGAGUUUGCCAAACGCUUCGGAAGAAUCAAGAUCAGAGAGGGUUACGGCUUGACUGAGGCCAGCGUUGGCUUCCUGAACUACACCGAUGAGGUCGGACCAAUCGGGAGGGCAAGCUAUUUCAACAAGCUUUCAAUGCCCUUUGAGCUCCUGAGAUAUGAUCCACAAACAUACGAGCCGGUCCGCACUGACUCUGGAAGAUGCAUACGAGCACCAAUAGGAGAGGCAGGGAUCUUGGUGGCUCCUCUGACUGCUAUGAACCAGUUCUUGGGUUACGCUGGGAACCGGGUCCAGUCUGAGAAGAAGCUGCUCAGGGGUGUGUUUAAAGCUGGGGAUGUGUAUUUCAACACGGGGGACCUCCUGCUCCAUGAUCACAGGGACUUUCUCUACUUCCAUGACCGCAUCGGAGACACCUUCAGGUGGAAAGGAGAGAACGUGUCCACUACAGAGGUGUCCGAGGUUUUAGGUCUUCUAGAUUUUAUCCAGGAGGCCAACAUCUACGGAGUCACUAUCCCAGGAUAUGAAGGUCGGGCAGGUAUGGCCGCUGUCGUCUUUAAACAGGAUCACAAAUUAGAUGGAAGAAAACUCUACAACCAUUUGAUAAAAUCCCUUCCUGCAUACGCCUGGCCGUGGUUUCUCAGAGUACAGACCUCUCUGGAUGUGACGGAGACCUUCAAGCAGCAGAAGGUGAAGCUGGUCCAGGAGGGUUUUAAUCCAGAGGUCGCCAAGGAUCUUCUGUAUUUCUUAGAUGUCUCUCAGAAGGACUAUAUUCCUCUGACUGCAAGUCUGUAUCACGACAUCGUGUCUGGAAAGAUCCAUUUAUAAACAUUCCCCGUUCAUCAUGGUAUUUAAAACUCCAGGAUUUGAUUUUUUUAUUUUAAGGUCACAAAUUGAUUGGAUUUUAAGUUUAAACAUGUUUCUUUGUCAGCACUUACAGCUACGCCAUUGUUACACUAUGGGUAUUUGUUAAAUGGUCUGUACUUGUACAGAUCUUUUCUACAUUACAUUACAGUCAUUUAGCAGACGCUUUUAUCCAAAGCGACUUACAAUCAGUAGUAUAUUACAUAUCAUUCACCCAUUCACACACUGAUGACAGGCUACCAUGCAAGGUGCCACCAUCAGACUCUAACUAACAUUCAUGCAACAUCCAGUCCACACCGAUGGCAAGCCUUCGGGAGCAACUUGGGGUUAAGUGUCUUGCCCAAGAACACAUCGACUGCCGAAGCCGGGUAUCGAACCACCGACCCUCUGAUUGGAGAACUACCUUGCUCUCCACUACGCCACAGCCGCCCUAGUCUUCCGUCCACUCAAAGCGCUUUAACACUACAUGUCAUCAUUCACCCAUUCAUACACUGAUGACAAGGGCUAAGUUGGGGUUAAGUGUUUUACCCAAAGACACAUCGAGAUGGACUGCCAGAGCUGGUGAUCGAACCGCCGACCCACUGAUUGGAGACCCCUGCUCGCCACUGAGCCACAUUAGCCAUUACUGUGUUGACUAUUUAGUAUGUUCUUAUAUAAAUAAUGAAAGAGAAUUUAAGUAUUUUUUGACCAAACUUAAGCAAAAGUAAGAUUCUUACUUAAGUUACUUCUUCAGUGUGAAUUUUCAAACAGUGGCCAGAACCUUUAUUUACCUCAGCGUAGCUGGCUUUUAUUAGAAACAGCGUCAUAUCAGAGACGGGUGUUUAUUUCUCAUUUGCUCUGUUUUAUAGGAAGCCUUACCAUGUUCUGGUUUGCUUGUGUUUUAAUUAGCCGCAAACUCAACACUUCCUACAUGUUUACAUCUUUUUAAAUUCAGAACUAUUUAUCAUAUGUACAUUUUGACACCACUAACUCCAUCAGUCAUUCCAUCUCACCAUGCCGAUGCUCUCACUUUCUCUUUUUAAUAGAAAUGUUGUUUUUAAUACCUUUUUCCACCUUUCACAUUAAAGAGCAAUGUGCAUUUUGAAAGUCUUACUGAAUUUAUCCCUAAUGUUGCAUGGAUAUUUUGAUUUGACAAGUUCAUUUAUGAUUUUGUAUGUUUUUUUCACCAGCCAUCUGGGCAGGAACUCAGAUCGUAGGCAUUGUGUCAGUUGGUUUCCACGACAGUUCACUCUGUGUGCAGUUGUGGUUCGUGGCAGUUGUCAUAUAUACAAACGUACAUAUAUACACACACAAACACAACGACAAUUAAAGAUUUAAAGUUUGGAAUUGCCUGCCACAAAUAAUUGAUUUGGUCCAAUCAGUCUGAGAGGACCAGAAGAGUGGGGGUGUUGACGGAUUCGAUGAUAACUGUGAUCUUUUUAAAAAAUAAAUAUUGCUAUCAUGUUGAUAAUACACAUAUGAUAAUAUUGUGACAAUAAAUCCAGCCAGCGCUUCUUACAGUCUGGUUACAGACUCUCCCUCUGCCUUCACUUUUUGGACUUAAAUUAAUUUGCCAAAAGAUAAACAAAAUGCACAAUAACAAAAAGAUAAAGAUUAAUUUGGCUAAUAGCAUUAUUAUUUUUUUACAAACAUCUAUAGAUAUCGCAAUAAUAUCGUUAUCGUGAGUUAUUUUUGCCACGAUAAUAGUUUAGUGAAAAUCUGAUAUUGUGAAGUGAAGAUGACAUGACUGUUGUUGUAUAAUAGAAUUACAUUGAUUUUUUUUUGUGCAGACAUUCAUGUAAAACUUCAUGCUACUUGCCUCUUCAAGGCCCAAGCGAAAUUGAGUUUUCUUCGAAGAACGGGUUAGAUACAUUAAUACCUCAUAUCAAGUAUAAAGGAGCUUCAGUAUGAAUUAUAUCUAAGUAUAAAGAGAAAACAGAAUUAAAAAUGAAACUGCUCUACACAUGGAAGCGUUAUAGCAAUAGUCUCAGGAUCAAAAUUUUGGAACGUUAUUUUUUUAAAUCACUGUACACAAAACAACGUUGAUACACUCCAACCUCGUGGAAAGGUUUUUUCUUUUGUAUGGGAAUAUUUCAUAUUUGAACACUAUUGAAAAUAGCUUUUAAUAACUCUAGUUCAGCCUGCAGAUUUGUGAAGAAUUCACAAGCCUUUAAUUUGUUUUGCCAGUCUUUACAUGAAGUGCACCCUUUGCAGAGUGAGUGAGUCUUGUGCAAAAUACCUGAUGUAUGUAACUGUAAAGCCUAUCCUCAAUAGUGUGUACCAUCUUUUGACCUGGACAUGUAAGUAAUUAGUCAGUUGAUUCUUAACAUCUCUGUAUAUUUUCAGAUUAACAGUAAAGGUUCUGUCAACAUUAUCCAUAAUAAAAAAUAUAUUUCCCUAUGUAUGCUAAUUUGAUGUCACGUAGAAGGAUUG